UUUGUUUUCAUUGAGCACACUCUCCUUUUCUGAAUGCUUUGUACAAUAGAAACGUGUGUGAAUGUCUUUGGCACUGUGAGAAAUAUUUUUUGUGCCGGAGUGAGGUUGCUCCUCCCUCCUACAGAUAUGAGACAUAAAACCCACUGAUCUCCUUUUCCCAGCCUCUUUCUGUGUAUGAAGAAGCUCAACAGUUGUUGCUUACUGAAAAUUCACCCCAUGUCCUCCCGCCAUUGAUUUUACAUUUUCAAGCUUCUUGGAUUGGUUUUUUUAUUUUUAUUUUUUUAUAUUAAUUAUUCAAAUGCCUCCUCUGCCACUGGAUUCACCUGCAGUUGUUAUUUAAGCUCCCCUUUGCUGUAUUUGGGUUGAACACAUGGCUUGGAUCAGUGUAAAUCUCAGUAAUGCCUCAUCGGACAGCGCACUAUUUGCUGAUGAUCUUCGAGAUGAGCGUUUGGCUCAGGUGGAAAUAGCUCUUCUCGCCAUCAUCUUCAUCAUUGCGGGGAUCCUAAACUUUGGGCUCUUGCUGAUGCUGUGCAGGCGCAGGAAGCCGCUCUCCAGGAUGCGCGUCUUCGUUUUCCACCUAUGCGUCGCUGACUUAGUGGUCACAUUUUUCCAAGUCUGCCCCCAACUCAUUUGGGACAUCACCGACAGAUUCAUUGGUCCAGAUAUACUGUGCCGGGCGGUGAAGUACCUGCAGGUGGUCGGGAUGUUCGCCUCCACUUACAUGAUCGUGGUGAUGACUAUAGAUCGAUAUCAAGCCAUCUGUAACCCCAUGGUAACUUUCCAGAGGCGCACGGCGCGCUGGAACGGUCCGGUGUGCGCCGCCUGGUGCGUCUCUCUCCUCUGCAGCCUCCCGCAGGUCUUCAUCUUCUCUCGAGUCCAGAUCGCUCCCGGUGUGUACGAUUGUUGGGCGCAGUUCAUCGAGCCGUGGGGACAGAGAGCCUACGUUACAUGGACGACUUUAGUGAUAUUCGUCCUGCCAAUUCUCACCGUGAUCGUGUGCCAGGUGCGCAUCUGCCGCGCCGUACAAAUAAACUUCCACAUGAAGAUGCACAACGUCGGGGAAGCGGCCAGCAAACCUUCGUCCUCCAGGGCCAGCAGCGUGGCAGGAGUGUCGAAGGCCAGAGUGAAGACGGUGAAGAUGACCGUUUUCAUCGUGCUCGCCUACAUCAUCUGCUGGACGCCUUUCUUCACCGUGCAGCUCUGGUCUGUCUGGGACGUCGAGGCGCCCACUCAGAGUGCAACCUUCACCAUCUUGAUGCUGCUUGCCAGUUUAAACAGCUGUGUGAACCCCUGCAUCUACAUGUUCUUUAGUGGAAAGCUGCCCAAAAGACUGGUGAGCCUGAUUUGUGUAGGUCAGCCUGAGCUGAAGGAGUCCAUGCAGGAAGAGGCCACUGUGGUUAGCUCCAUGUACAUCAGCCUCAAGAGCCUAUCGGACUGCAGAUGAAAGCCCUGGUGAUGUCAGCUAUGAUCACACACUUAUUUCACCUCAUGCCUUCCUGUUGUACAUUGGGUGAAAACAAUGUUUCUUCAUGAUAAAGGCUGAAAGUCUUCUAAUAAGUGUGAAGGAAAACAUCCCAGCAGUAAAGUGUUCCCACUGCACAGAUGAUCACUGUAUACAGUACUUUCACAUAGAAAGUAUAGAUGUCCUGAGUGCCAGACACGCUAUCUAGCAUGUUACAUUUAGAGUGAUACAGAUGCUCUAAAAAACAAACCAUUCCUUUCGAUCUGGUUCGCCACUUUAAGUCAAACUGAAAUAUAUCUUCAAAUAUAGGAUGAAUCCACUAAAAUGACA